AUGGGUCUAUUACAGAAGGUCGUGAAAAAUGAGGCAAUGAAGAGUGAUCCUCCUGAAAUCUACGGAUGGAAGGUCUUCUUCUUGUCUGCCAGUGCUUGCUUCGGCGGCAUGCUGUUUGGCUGGGAUAUUGGGUCAAUUGGAGGAAUUCUUGUUAUGGGCAGUUUCAAGGAAGCCUACGGUCUAAACAAAUUGAGUGAUGGCGAUAGAGCAAAUCUUCAAAGCAACAUUGUUAGCACUCUCCAGGGAGGAUGCUUUUUUGGAUCGUUGAUUGCAUACUGGGUGGCCGAUCGCUUUGGACGGAAGCCAGCACUGCUCGUCUCUUCGGUAAUCACAAUACUCGGUAUAAUCAUCCAAUGUGCAUCUGAUGGACAUGUUGAGGCACUAUAUGUCGGUCGUCUCGUCGCUGGAUUUGGGGUUGGAGCAGCGAGUAUGCUUACUCCUCUUUAUGUCAGCGAGAACGCGCCCCGAGCUAUCCGCGGUGGUCUCACCGGCAUUUAUCAGCUUUUCAUUGCUACAGGUGUUAUGCUUAGCUUCUGGAUCAAUUACGGCACUCUUCAAAACUUAACUGGCAAUGCCCAAUGGCAAGUUCCGCUGGCACUUCAGGCGCUCCCUGCAGUGUGCCUCUUCAUUGGCAUAGUAUUCUGCAAUGAGUCGCCAAGAUGGCUGGCUAGACAAGAUAAUUGGGAGAAGGCGACGGAGGUCUUGGGCCGGCUCAGACAUCUACCUGUUGACCAUGCAUACGUCCAGAUGGAACUAGAAGAAAUGAGGGACCAGCUUGAGAAUGAGCGGCUUUUGAUUGGUGGAGCUGGUUUCUGGGAUCUACAAAAGGAGAUGUGGACCAUCAAAGGGAACAGAAACAGAGCUCUCGUGUCUAUCGGGUUGAUGAUCUGCCAGCAGAUGACUGGAACUAAUGCCAUCAAUUAUUAUGCUCCUCUAAUCUUCGAAAACUUGGGUAUUCCGAAAGCCCAAAAUGGACUAUUCGCCACCGGAAUCUACGGCAUUGUUAAAAUGGUUACCUGCGCAGUAUUCCUCCUCAUCGCAGCAGACUCCCUUGGAAGACGUCGGUCCCUACUCUGGACAUCUAUCGCCCAGGGCUGCGCGAUGUUCGUAAUCGGAUUCUACACUCGCUUCAAGCCACCUAUCAAGGGCGAGCCCAUCCCACCCGUGGGCUACUUUGCUCUAACAUGCAUCUUCCUCUUCGCUGGAUUCUUCCAAUUUGGAUGGGGACCAUGCUGCUGGAUCAUCGUGUCUGAAAUUCCUACCGCCCGUCUCAGAGCUAUGAAUGUUGCGAUUGCCGCUGCCACUCAGUGGCUGUUCAAUUUUGUUGUCGCCCAGGCAGUCCCACAUAUGUUGGUUAAUGUUGGGAAGGGAGGCUAUGGGACCUACUUUAUAUUUGGCAGUUUUUGUUUUGCCAUGUUCUUCUUCGUGUGGUUCUUGAUCCCCGAGACCAAGGGGCUAAGUCUCGAGAGAAUGGACGAUAUCUUCGGCAUUACCGAGCUCGUUAAGGAGAAGGUCCAUGGUGAUGAGGAAGCUCACCACAAGCAAUCGGAGUUGCACGAGACCACUACUGCAGCUUCAAACGCGACCAGGAAUGAGAAGUCGGGCACGGCACAUAUCGAGAAUGAUGAGGUACGGGCUGCUGCAUAA